AAUUUCCCUCCUGCCCUUUCCCCCUCUUCUCUUUGGCAGGGCUGAGCCUCAUAGCUGUUUGCUCAAACAUUUGGAAGUGAAUUUAGGGCCCUCCCCCCAACUUGUGAUUUUAUAGCCAAUAGGUGAUGAGGUUUAUUUGCAUAUUUCCAGUCACAAAUGCAGCGGUGGCGUGGAAACUGUCAGACUCCAUUCGAUUCCUCCUUUCCCCCAGAGGAAACCUGCCCCUCAGAUCUCCCAGCGCGCGUCUUCUCCGGGCCACUUCCCCCUCGCUCUCCGCCAGCUCCCGCCGCAGGCUCGCGCAGCCCCCGGUCCGGGUAACUCCUACAGAGGGACGCGCCCGGGAUGGAGAGCAAAGCGCUGCUCCUGGCCGUUCUGUGUGUGUGGUUCCAGAGUCUCACCGCCCCCCACGGAGGGGUGGCUGCCGCCGACCGAGGAAGAGAUUUUGUGGACAUUGAAAGUAAAUUUGCUCUCAGGACCCCUGAAGAAUCAGCUGAGGACACUUGCCACCUUAUUCCUGGAGUGACAGAAUCCGUGGCUAACUGCCACUUCAACCACAGCAGCAAAACCUUUGUGGUGAUCCAUGGCUGGACAGUAACAGGAAUGUAUGAGAGUUGGGUGCCAAAACUCGUGGCUGCCCUGUACAAGCGAGAACCAGACUCCAACGUCAUUGUGGUGGACUGGCUGUCCCGGGCUCAGCAGCACUACCCAGUGUCCGCGGGGUACACCAAGCUGGUGGGAAAAGACGUGGCGAGGUUUAUCAACUGGAUGGAGGAGGAAUUUAACUAUCCUCUGGAUAACGUCCAUCUCUUAGGAUACAGUCUUGGAGCCCAUGCUGCUGGCAUUGCAGGAAGUUUGACCAAAAAGAAGGUUAACAGAAUUACAGGCUUGGAUCCAGCUGGCCCUAACUUUGAGUAUGCGGAGGCACCAAGUCGCCUUUCUCCUGAUGACGCAGACUUUGUAGAUGUCUUACACACGUUCACUCGAGGAUCACCUGGAAGGAGCAUUGGGAUCCAGAAGCCAGUAGGGCAUGUUGACAUUUAUCCUAAUGGAGGGACUUUCCAGCCAGGAUGUAACAUUGGCGAAGCUAUUCGUGUGAUUGCAGAGAGAGGUCUUGGAGAUGUGGACCAGCUUGUGAAAUGCUCACACGAACGCUCCAUUCACCUCUUUAUUGACUCUCUGUUGAAUGAAGAGAAUCCCAGUAAGGCCUACCGGUGCAAUUCCAAGGAAGCCUUUGAGAAAGGGCUGUGUCUGAGCUGCAGAAAAAACCGUUGCAACAACUUGGGCUAUGAGAUCAAUAAAGUCAGAGCCAAAAGAAGCAGCAAAAUGUACCUUAAGACUCGUUCUCAGAUGCCCUACAAAGUCUUCCACUACCAAGUGAAGAUACAUUUUUCUGGGACUGACAGUGAUACACAGACAAACCAGGCCUUCACAAUCUCUCUGUAUGGCACUGUGGCUGAGAGUGAGAACAUUCCCUUCACCCUGCCUGAAGUUUCCACAAACAAGACAUACUCUUUCCUAAUUUACACAGAAAUAGAUAUUGGCGAACUGCUAAUGUUGAAACUCAAAUGGGAGAGCGAUUCAUAUUUCAGCUGGUCAGACUGGUGGAGCAGCCCUGGCUUUGUUGUUGAGAAGAUCAGAGUAAAAGCGGGAGAGACUCAAAAAAAGGUGAUCUUCUGUUCCAGGGAGAAAGUGUCCCAUCUGCAGAAAGGAAAGGCAUCUGUGGUAUUUGUGAAAUGCCAUGACAAGUCUCUGGCUAAAAAAUCUGGCUGAAAGUGGGCAAUUAUAUAUAGAGAAGAGCACAUGAAUUCUGUGAAGAAUGAAGUAACUUUUACUAAAGAUGUCCAGUAUUUUGGAUGGCUAAAAGUGGAUUUUCCUGAGUAUUAAAUAACCCCAUCUAUACCUGUGCUAGUUAUUUUAGGAGAUAGUCUCAAAUACUAAACAGUGGUUAAUUCAAUUUGAGGAAUAUUGGUGGCUUACAUGACACAUAUCUUCCAACAUUUAAAGCUAGUAGAUAUUUAAAAAUAGUGCAUAUUGCCCUUUGAGAAAGAAGUAAGAAUUGUUUGGGCCCAUCAUAAAGUAAUAAAGCGUUAUGAACUAUGCCUAGUUAUAUCCCAAAAUUGAUUAGAGCUUCAUAAUUCAAUUGGGAUUUCUGCAUUUCUCUGAUUCGAGCUUUUUUCUAACUCUAAAUGUACAGAAAUAUUUUUUAUGGCAUAAACCAGACUCAUUCACAGACUGAUCAUAAAACCUGACUUUUUCUUGGAAUGGUUCUCUUUUAUCAUUGGGUUAACUAGGAUCUUGUGGCUCAGAGAGAGAAUGGAAGACCGGAGUUGACAAAGCAUUGAACCUUAAAUAAAACACGCUGUUAUCAGUUACAUCAUAACUAAGUUACAAAUUAAAGGUGAUAUUAAAUCCAGAUUGUUAAUAGGCCUUAUUGCUUAUUGUUUAAUGCUUGCUUUGUCUGAAGAUUAUAUUUUAACAAUAUUCUCUGGGUAGAUGUUUAAAAAGAGCCUAUAUCUUCUGCAGGCUUAAUUUUUAAUGACAAAGAAUGGAAAUGAUAUCAUAAUUUUAUUAUGAGAUUUUUCAAAAUUAUAUUCAUUAAUUUAAAUCAUUACUACCAAUCAUUACUACCAAUUUCUGGUUUAUCACCAUGCUUCAGUCACUUUGAGCAUGUCUUUCCUCUGUGGUAUUGAUAAGAAAAUAUACUCAAAGUCAUAUUUUGCAUCAUGCAAAUGCCCACAAAUUUUAGAGAAGUACCAUUUUUACUACAUAAAGAUAUGGAAAUGUUAUUGGGAUAUAUUAAUAAAUAGUGCUCAUAAAUCAUUGCAGGGAUUUGAGGAAUCCUCUAUUUGCCUUACAUGAAAUGCCAAGAGUUGUUUUUAACAACUAGUAAAGAGUAACUAAGCAAUUAUUUAUAUAAACUAGAUCUCAUAUUUUCAGAAUGCUUUUCUUAAUGUUAGUAUAAAAUGACACAGAAGUCAAAUAUCUCAGAGAGCACUGCUGAACAUCUGAGCUGUGGACAUGUGUGGGUAUCUGAACACACACUCACGUAUCCAGUCCACAUGUACAUUUAUUAUUUAGCUUGGCUUCAAAGGUAAGCAAUAAAGGAACAUAGUAGAACAUGUUGCAGUAAGAAUUGUUCUGGAAGUGCCAAAACCUCAGCUCUCUGUCUGAGAAGUAUGGUUGUGCUGUACAUUGUGGAACAAAUGUUGUGAUACAUAUCAGCAGGCUUGGAAUGAAUUCUCUCUAAAAAAUAAAAUGAUAUGUGAUUUGUUGUCGGCAUCCCCCUUUAUUCCUAAUUCAGUUAUUUUCUGGAUUUGGGUUUGGAUCAAGGGUACAUAAAUUGAAGAAAAGAUUAUCCAAUUAGUUCAUGAUACUGGAAACCCUGGCUUCCAAAGAUUACCUGUAUGUGUGUGUGUACACAUAGCUAUUUCAAUAAUGUUUGGCUUUAACUGUUAUUUAUUAGCUGUAAAUAUAUGUGUGUAUGUGUAAAGGGAGAUUGUGCAUGUUGGAAAGGUUGUGGCUACCUGCCUUUAUAGUUGUGUGGUGCUAACUCUGUACAUGUCUUUAUCAGUGACUUCUCACUGAGGCAACUUACUUUUAUGAAAUAAUAUAAUAUGAAGGCUUCAAUAAAGAAACUUAACUAUGUGAAGAAAUGGAAUCUGCUUUUAAUAAAAUUGAUAACAUUUUGUUAUAAACACUUAAGUCAUUAUUUUGU